GCUGCAGGCCAAGGGGGAGGUGAGGGUGGUUGGAAGGGACAAGUCCGGGCUGAGCUCCGGGCUUGGCAGCAGUUCGCGCACCCAUUCAAGCGGUAAUAGUCCAAGCAGUUCUCCCUGACCGCGCUACCUGCGUCUUCUGCGCUCCCGCACCCUGAGCUUAUCUGCAGACGUCCUGGUGCCGGUCCUCAACAUGCCUAGCCUUUGGGAUCGCUUCUCGUCGUCCGCUUCCUCUUCGUCAUCGUCGCUGUCCCGAACCCCCACCCCGGAUCAGCCGUCGCGCUCAGCCUGGGGGUCGGCGGCCCGAGAAGAGGGUCUCGGCCGCUGCGCGAGCCUGGAGAGCUCGGACUGCGAGUCUCUGGACAGCAGCAACAGUGGCUUUGGGCCGGAGGACGACUCUGCGUAUCUCGACGGGGUGUCCCUGCCCGACUUCGAGCUGCUCAGCGACCCUGAGGACGAGCACCUGUGUGCCAACCUGAUGCAGCUGCUGCAGGAGAGCCUGGCCCAGGCACGACUGGGCUCUCGGCGCCCCGCGCGCCUGCUGAUGCCCGGCCAGUUGGUGAGCCAGGUGGGCAAAGAACUACUGCGCCUGGCCUACAGCGAGCCGUGUGGCCUGCGGGGGGCGCUGCUGGAUGUCUGCGUAGAACAGGGCAAGAGCUGCCACAGCGUAGGCCAGCUGGCCCUCGACCCCAGCCUGGUGCCCACCUUCCAGCUGACCCUCGUGCUGCGCCUGGACUCACGCCUCUGGCCUAAGAUCCAGGGGCUGUUUAGCUCCGCCAACUCUUCAUUCGUCCCUGGCUUCAGCCAGUCCCUGACGCUGAGCACUGGCUUCCGAGUCAUCAAGAAGAAGCUGUACAGCUCAGAACAACUGCUCAUUGAGGAGUGUUGAACUUGGGCCUGGGGGGGCCAACACUGCCCCCAUGGCAGACAACUGAACUUUUGGGGUGGACAUUGGCAGGCAGGAGCUGAGGGACUGAUGCCUGUCGUUAGAGAACUGACAACAGCCACUUGAGGGAAGGAAGGUGGAGGUGUGGUAGAAAGUGUUUUCUGGGAAGCUCACUGAGGUGUUUGUAGGUGGCUUCUCAUUGGGGGCACACGCUUGCCCCUCAGUACUGUAGCAUGAAACAAAGGUUUAGGGGCCAAUCAGGCUUCUGACUGGAUGUGUAUGUAGCAUGUACCUUAUUUUUAUUGUUACUGACAGUUAAGACAACAGUGGUGUGACAGCCAGGAGAGCAGCUGGGCUGCACUGGCAUGUGCAAGCGAUAUGUGCUCAUGGUAGCUGGCCCUGGUGGGAGGGGGGAGGUCACUAAGGUGUUUUAUGUAUCAUGGUCUGAAGGGGCCAAAUGUGUGUGUUCUUUGUUUUUGCAUCUUUUUUUUUUUUUUCUUUUUUGAUCGGAGCUUCACUACUGACUUGUUCUAGGCAGCUAUCUUACAGACGCAUGAAUGUAAGAGUAGGAAGGGGUGGGUGUUGGGAUCACUUCGGGGGAUCUUUGACACUUGAAGAAAAAGUACACCUGAGAGCUGCAUUCGGCCCAUCCCCUGCUGUGUACCGGGCAGUUUAUCUGUGAGGGGUGGGGCUGACUGGGAUGGGGGCUGGAACCCCUCCCCAGAGGAGUGCCAUCUGGGUCUUCCAUCUAGAACUGUUUACAUGAAGAUACUCGCUGUUCAUUAUAAUACACUUGAUGUUCAAGUAUUAAGACCUAUGCAAUAUUUUUUACUUUUCUAAUAAAAAAGUGUUUGUUAAAAGUUGGUUGAGGCUCUUAUUAGUGCUAACAAAUAAAAGGGAGUGGGAUGGGUGCUGUCAGAAGGUGGGUUUCAUCAGAUUCAGGUACGCCCGGGUGUUUCUCUGUCCUUUCCGGGGCUGCUUGCCAGCCUGGUAAUGGAGGUAUGUGAAUUGUGUGCCAUCUGUGCCAAGAACCCUGGAUCCCUGGCUUUGCUGGCUGAGGCUACCAGGAGAAAGCGCUGGAAGGUGAGAAGUGAGUCAGACCUCCCACAGAGCCAGAGUCUCGGGAGUCAGAGCUCACCUGGCUGCACCCUGGGUUAGGUGGCCCAGGUACACGGGCACUCUAAGCCCAAGAUCCUUACAGGUACUGAAAGGACUGCAUGCAAGACACUUUUCUUUCUGUGUGUGGGGGGGAGUUAUAUUUGUGCUGCAGUCAUGAAAAUUAAUUUUAUUUUUGGAUACAAAGAGGAUAGAGGGCAGGAACAUCAGUAAAUGGAUUUUGAAAAGGCUCUUUCCUUCCAGCCUCUUACUAGAGUAGGAAAGUAGGGCUAGGGCUCAGAGAGGGACGUGAUGGGCCACUGGCAGGUGUGGCCCAGGCAGGUGCAGAACACACAACACACACAAACACGCAUAUACAGGGAGUAUAGGGAG